CCCGGCAUUACCUCUGCACACAACCCUGUGGGCCUGGCUCAGGCGGGAGUGUGGGGCCAGCAACAUGAGCACCCUGGACAGCCCCAACCAGGCCUACGACUUCCUGCUCAAGUUCCUGCUGGUGGGCGACAGCGACGUAGGCAAGAGUGAGAUCCUGGAGAGCCUGCAGGAUGGCGCGGCCGAGUCCCCAUACAGUCACCUGGGGGGGAUCGACUACAAGACGACCACCAUCCUGCUGGACGGCCAGCGGGUGAAGCUGAAGCUCUGGGAUACGUCGGGGCAGGGAAGAUUUUGUACCAUAUUCCGCUCCUACUCUCGUGGUGCACAAGGAGUGAUCCUGGUCUACGACAUUGCAAACCGCUGGUCUUUCGAGGGUAUGGAUCGAUGGAUUAAGAAGAUCGAUGAGCAUGCCCCUGGUGUCCCUAAAAUCCUGGUGGGGAAUCGCCUACAUCUGGCAUUCAAGAGGCAGGUGCCCAGGGAGCAGGCCCAGGCCUACGCUGAGCGCCUGGGCAUAACCUUCUUUGAGGUCAGCCCUCUGUGCAAUUUCAACAUCAUAGAGUCUUUCACAGAACUGGCCAGGAUCGUGCUGCUGCGGCACAGGAUGAAUUGUUUUGGGAGGCCGAGCAAGGUACUCAGCUUGCAAGACCUCUGCUCCCGCACCAUCGUGUCCUGCACACCCGUAUACCUGGUGGACAAGCUCCCGCUCCCCAGUGCCUUAAGAAGCCACCUCAAGUCCUUCUCCAUGGCUAAGGGCCUGAAUGCCAGGAUGAUGCAAGGCCUCUCCUACUCCCUCACCACCAGCUCCACCCACAAAAGGAGCAGCCUCUGCAAAGUGGAGAUCGUCUGCCCAUCCCAGAGCCCACCCAAAAACUGCACCAGAAACAGUUGCAAAAUUUCUUAAGGAAGGCACCAAAAUGAAACAAGCUGGAAUCGGUCCAGGAAGAACUCUGGUUACACCUGGAAGACGGAAGUCGGAAGUUGCAUUCUAGAUUCAAGAAAUUAGUUUUCAGUUUCUCAAGGGAAUCAUGCUGCUUGGGAAUGGUAUGAUGCCUUCUGUCAAUAAAAACACAUUACGCAGUUUGACUUUGAAUUUCUAUGUGGAUGUGCAUGAAGCUCUCGUUUUAGACGUGUGUUUAUAAAGGGGAAAUUAGUACUCUGCUCAACUCUUGGUAACAUGAAAUUUUGAAUGUUACUUAUAUCAUAAUCACACUGCAACUUUUUCCUUAAAAUUACUGCCUUUGUAAGAAUGGUGAUAUGGCAGUGAUGAGUAUAAAGUCAAGUAAAUUUGAGAAUCAGUGAUAGUGAGAUAAUUCAGUCAUUGAUAUUACAAGAGGGGCCUUUUUGUAAACCUCCUUUUAAAGUCAAAGCACCAAUUUAUAAAACACUGCAGAUGCAUAUAGAGAUUGUAUAUAACAGAUCUGUCUAGUUUGUGCAUGAAAUGGAUUUGAUAAAGUUUUUGCUAUGUUAUUUUACUACAUUUGAGGAUUAAUUCGGAUUUAUAUGUAUGUUUUUCUGUAAAUCUACUUUUUUUGUACAAGAUGUUCUACAAGAUAUGAAGCUAAGGGAGGAAAACGCCAAAGAUAUCUCUAGUUAUGUUGAACAUAGCCAACAUGGUUUCAAUGGAUCAGUAAGAAAAAAACAUUUCAGUAAGGAAUGAAAUAAGUACUUAUUUGAGAAAAUGUUUC